GAUGGCGAUUCGUUUUUUCUCUCUCUUCUUGCUAUACAGAGCGGUUUUUGCGGUAUUGCUGCCGGUCUCCGAAAGCGAUGGACUCGUUCAAGCGACCGACGAUGUUCACGUUCAACUCCAGAAAUUGCGAGACGAUGUGAAAAUCCUGAAAGAGACUUACCAACAAGUGGUCGUCGACGUUGCGGCACACACACAGCACAAGGACGAAAUACGGAAACAUGAGAUGGAAAUUCAAGCCCUCAAACAAAUUGUUGCCAGAUUGGAAGAAAAGCUCCAAGUCCUGCAAGAAGAAAGAAGAGAACCUGUCAAACCAUCGGAACUUACGUCUUCUACGCCAGUGAUUGCCAGUUCGUGUGAAGAACUGAGACACUCCGAUGAAGCGCUUAAAUCUGGGAUGUACUGGAUCGAUCCCGACGGCCAUAGGACAGGAGAUACACCCGUUUAUGUCUGGUGUAACAUGACUACAGGGUCAACGUCGAUUCUGCAUGAUAGCGAGUCGUCCACCGAUGUUGGCCAAUGCUGGGAUGCAGGAUGCUACAGCCGGUUUAUCAACUACAACGCAUCCAUGAGGCAAAUCAUCUCCCUCAUUCAAUUAUCUUCCGUUUGCAGGCAAUCUAUCCAGUACGAUUGUAAAAUGGCUCCCAUGGAAUUCAAUGGUGAGCCGCAAAGUUGGUGGACUGAUCGAAAUGGAGUGAGACGAAACGACUUUACUGGUGGAAAUUCAGUUCAAUCCAAAUGUCAAUGUGCACUGGAAAAUUCAUGUCUUGAUCGUAAAUUGCAAUGCAAUUGCAAUGCCCUUUCGCCGAUUGAGACUUCAGACAAAGGUAUCAUCACGGACAAAUCCUCUCUUCCAGUUACGCGGUUGAAUUUCGGUCGGAUUUUAACUCAACCAUCUUCCGGCCGGCAUAGUCUGAGUCGUUUGGAAUGCUAUGGACGUCAGCCAGUACAAAUUUCUAAACCGUUGCCAAAUUCUUGCCAAGAUCUGCGCCGUAAUGGCCACUCCAUUUCUGGUUUUUACUCCGUCCAGCGAUCCGGAGUGAUGGAAACCAUUUUUUGCGAUAUGACUCAAACGCCAGGUGAAGGAAAGGUCUCCGUCUCUUCGUUUGUUUCUCCAGAACAACUUGAUUCACUUAUUCAGAGAUUAGACAAAGCCGACGAACGAAUACAAAGACAAGCAUUGAGAAUAAGAAACUCAGUGGGUCGGCUAAACGUCUUCCUAGUUAGGCAGAAUCGGACGAACAACUCGCAAAUGCGCAAACUAGAAUCAAUAGACGAGAAGCUUGCCAGCGAUUUGAAAGAGCUGUUCAACAGCCAACAAAGGCAGAACUAUGAGAUAGCCGAAUUGAGGAGACGAUGGGAUCGCCCUCAAGGAAAAUCAUUGACGAGGAUGCCUGCCAACUGUCACGAUUUAAAGGCAGUGGGUCACGGUCUAAGUGGAAUUUAUCCCGUCAAAGCCGAUGACCACAUUGAAAUGGUUUACUGCAACAUGACACUAUCCACACCUCGCGAGACGUGGAUUGGAAAGGCGGACGUCAUUUCUUCUCUUGUCCAUUUCUACGUUCUACGGAAAACACCAUUCUACUUGGAAGGAAGAGGCCAUAUGCAAUCGAUCUUACCUUUCGAGAUUACAAGAUCAAACCAAGGUGGUGGAAUGGACGCGAAGAAGGGCGUCUUCACUGUUCCAAAAUCUGGAACAUACGUCUUCAGAUUCUCUUUCGGUGCCCUCAAGCGCGAAAAGGCCCAGCACGUGUCUGUAACGUUGGUUCUCAAUGAUGUCGAAGAUGUGGCCAGUAUCUAUGGAAGUGAUCAUAAGGGCUUUUUCUCUCUUUCACUGCAAACGAUCCUGAACCUGAAGAAGAAAGACAAAAUUCAUUUAGUGCUGCAAUCAGCUUCAGGAGGAGGCAACUAUGAGGACAUAGAUAUGACAACUCAUUUCAGUGGUUUCCUGCUCGAUGAACAGAUGUUUUGAGGAUGGCAUCAUCAACAUUAUUCUCAAUUCACAUUAAGUAUUUUUUGUUUGCAUCUGUUUAAAACAUAUGUUACAUGCCAUAUAGCUUAUUAUUUUGAAAACACAUCGCCACUGAUGCACCAAUAUGAAUGUCCAUCAUUGAUCUUAUAAUAAAGGCAUUAUUGAGUACAACUGCAAAAAAGCA